UCACUUGUGGUUUAACAGGGCGGGGUCGAGAUAUAUAUAUAUAUGCUGUACAAGAAAAACAACUCCUUUCUUUCGACUGCAGUGACAGUCAAGAAUGUGUCCACAAGAGCUCUUAUUGGAUUACACUAUACAUGAAAAAUGGCAUUUGCAGCAGCUGGCUGUCUAUAUGUUGCAGAAGACAAAAGUGCUGAAUGUACCUCAAGUGACAUUAGUCUGCCACACAUAAAUAAGAAUAAAAGAGCUUCUGCGUCAUUCCCAGCUAUCAGGCCAACUCUGAGUUCUACAGUACCACAGAAUGUUGUUAAAAUAUUCAAACGACUUGGGAAGGCCUGUCACCAGCAGUUCAAAAUACCAGCAACCAAAAGCAUUCAACCAAAAGACAGUUUCUCUCUUGAUGAGUCAAAGAACAUUAUCAUAGAUCUGGCUGCUGAACUGGACAGAGUGCUACAGUCCAAUAUCCUCUUCUCAAUGACUCGAAAGUUUAAAAAUAAAGGAACUAAAGAAGAACAGGAAGAACAGCAACAUUAUAUUUUGCAAUGGGCUGAAGAUCUUGAGAACACACAAACAAAACUGGACAAGGAAGAGAAACAACAGACCUGUUCCAAGCAGUUGUCAAACAGUGAAAUGAAAUUUAACAAAGCAAAAAAAAUCUUGUCUGACUGGUCUUGGAAACUGAAAGAAAUGAAACAGAACUCAGUAUGUCCAAAGGGGGAAUGUAAAGAAACACUGAGGGAUUUCCAUAAAGAGUGGAAGCAGGGAGAGUCCAGCAUACUCCCAGUAAUGGACUGGAUCAUAUGGACUGUACUACAGUCAGAAAGCUCUGAGGAUUCAGUCUCCAGACAGUGGGUGAAGUGUAAACAGAGGUCCAAAAACACAGUUGGAUUACACAUUCCUGACUCAGUUUGGAACUGGAUUACAAAACCAACAGCUGUUGUAAUUCUGGAUCCAAACACAGCCAACCCAGAUCUCCUAGUCUCUGAAGAUGGAAAAUCUUUGAGGGCAAAAGAAUAUGGUCCCAAUAACUGGGAAGGGUUCCAAUGGAAGCGUUCUAAAUAUGAUGGCUGGACAUGUGUCCAAGCUAAAGAGGGUUAUAACACAGGUAGCCAUUACUGGGAAGUAGAUGUGAAGAAAAAAUGUGAGUGGCGGGUGGGAGUCGUGAAGGAAUCAGCUCCUCGGAAUGGCUAUAUCACCAUGAACACAAAAACAGGGUACUGGAAUCUGCGUCUGCAGCUGGGAACGUUGAUGGCUCUGACUGAACCAGUCACUAAACUCAACCUGCCAACACCCUCUAAGAUAGGAGUUUAUCUGGACAUAGAUGAGGGCCAUGUCUCCUUCUAUGAUGCAGUGAAAAGAAAACAUAUCUACACCUUUAACACAGACUUUAAUGAGACUGAAAACAUUCAUCCAAUGUUUGGCACUGUUGAGACAGACAGACCAUUGGUGAUUUCAUCAUAAAAUGUAUUUCCCAAUAUGUAAACAUGUUAUUCUGUUAUUUCAACGUGAUCUCAUGAGAAUACGUGUGUAUUUUUACGUAAAUUGUGGUUCUACCACACGUACAUUUACGUACGUUUUCAUACACACAAAAACGUACAACAUUGACGUAUUUAGAGGACUAAAACGUAAAAAUACUUACGUAUUAACAGCAAUAAAAACGUAAAUCAUGUAACGUAAAGUGUGAAUGUAUAUGAAUUCCCAUGUAUUAAUAUUAAAAUCGUGACUUUAAUGAUUUAA